AAAAAAAAAAGAGAAAAUGGAAAAGGAAAAGAAAAAAAAACAGAGGAACCCCAUUUUCUUUCAUUAUCAUCAUCUGUACUUUUCCCCUGUUGAGUGUUCAGAUUGGUGGGUCUCUGCAAAUAAUGGCAGGAUUUUCAAAUCUCCUUUAAAUAACUAGGGCUGACGUUUUCCUUUUCUCUUCUCAAUUUCAUUUUUAAUUAAUUUUAAGGUUUUUCAAUAAAUUAUUUUUUUACAUCACAAAUUCACUGAUUGAUUCCUAUGAAACCUUCCAUUUGAUUGUUAAAAAAAUCAAAAUUUUCAGAAAAAAAAUUCUGUUUUUCGUUCAGUACCUGCUACAUUGAAAACGAACCCUGUUUUUUUUUUUCCUUUAUAAAAACGAAAAUUAAGAUAGAAAAACCAACAGACAAAAACGUGUUGAGCUGUUAAUAAUCCACACCCUCCUCCUCUUCUCUCUAUUUCAAAGCUGUAUCCUCCUAAUGAGAUCGAAUUUUGGACUCAUCUCUUUCCACCACCUUCCAAUCUCCAUAUACAUAACAAAAAAAACCAACUCGCUCUCUGGGUUCUUUCCGAAUGUCGAUAUGAGUACAGAAACAUAGCUCCAGCAUAAAUCCCCACGCGUCACUUAUCUCUUCCAUUUCCUUCAGUUUCAUAAUAAUUUCUUACCCUCUGCAGAAAUCUAAUUUCAGGAUAAUGUGAUGUGGGUUCUCUGAAUUUCAGUCAUUUCAUACUCCAAAAAUUCAAACUUUACAACAAAAAGGAGAGGAAUUUGUGUGUUUUUGUGUUGGAAGACAAGAUCGGAGAGAAUGGCACCACCGACGUUCCAAUGGUGGGAGAAAGAAAGCCAUAGAGGGACGCCGGUAAUAGUAAAAAUGGAAAACCCUAAUUAUUCAAUGGUUGAGAUUGAAGGUCCAAGUGAAGAAGAUGUUUUUCUAACGCCAAAUAACAGAAAUGCAAAAGGGAGAGGUAAAAAUGCAAAACAAUUGACAUGGGUUUUGUUAUUGAAAGCUCAUAAAGCUGUUGGAUGUUUAACAUCAAUUGGUUCAACAACAUUCAAUCUUUUCUCUGCAAUUAAACGUAGGCUUCAUUCAGGAAGAACAGAUUCAGAAGAAGAUGAUGAUGGAAAUGAUGAUCAUACCCAAGAGAUUCAUCAUAAUGAUAAUGCUAAUGAGAAUCAGACUGUAAAAAGCAGAUUUUAUUCAUUAAUAAAACUGUUUCUAUGGUUUUCUGUGGUGCUAUUAGGGUUUGAAAUUGCUGCUUAUUUUAAUGGUUGGCAAUUUGAGUCACCAUACUUGAAUUUUCAGCAGCAUUUUCAUUUGCCUUCUUUUGAAUUUGAAGGGGGUCUUUUUGAUUUUGUGUAUUCUAGAUGGGUUUUUGUAAGGGUUGAGUAUUUAGCUCCACCUCUACAGUUUCUUGCAAAUGCUUGUAUUGUAUUGUUCUUGAUACAAAGUGUGGAUCGGCUAGUUUUGUGUUUAGGGUGUUUUUGGAUCAAAUUUAAGAAGAUUAAACCGAUUCCCAAAGGAGAGAUUGUGUUGGAUGUUGAAUCAAGUGGUGGAAGCACUGAUAAAACUGAUUACUUCCCUAUGGUUCUUGUUCAGAUCCCUAUGUGCAAUGAAAAGGAGGUAUAUCAACAAUCUAUUGGUGCUGUCUGCAAUUUAGACUGGCCGAAAUCAAACAUGCUCAUUCAAGUACUGGAUGACUCUGAUGACCCAAUUACACAAUUGCUUAUCAAAGAGGAAGUUCAGAAAUGGCAGCAAGAGGGUGCACACAUUGUCUACAGGCAUCGUGUGCUUAGAGAUGGGUAUAAAGCUGGGAAUUUGAAAUCUGCCAUGAAUUGUAGUUAUGUCAAGGAUUACGAAUUCGUUGUCAUCUUUGAUGCCGAUUUCCAACCCAACCCAGAUUUUUUGAUGAAGACAGUACCUCACUUCAAGGACAAUGAUGAAAUAGCGUUGGUUCAGGCUAGGUGGUCUUUUGUCAAUAAAGACGAGAACCUGCUAACGAGAUUGCAGUACAUCAACUUGUCUUUUCAUUUUGAGGUCGAACAGCAAGUCAAUGGGAUAUUCCUCAAUUUCUUUGGAUUCAAUGGAACUGCUGGGGUCUGGAGGAUAAAGGCUUUAGAGGAAUCUGGUGGAUGGUUGGAGAGAACUACAGUGGAAGACAUGGAUAUAGCCGUUCGUGCUCAUCUUCAUGGGUGGAAAUUUGUUUUUCUCAAUGAUGUUGAGUGUCAAUGUGAACUACCUGAAUCUUAUGAAGCAUAUCGAAAGCAGCAACACAGAUGGCAUUCUGGUCCCAUGCAGUUGUUUCGCCUCUGUUUGCCUGACAUUAUUCGUUCUAAGAUCAGUGUUGGAAAGAAGGCCAAUAUGAUUUUCCUCUUCUUCCUACUAAGAAAACUUAUAUUACCCUUCUAUUCCUUCACCCUUUUCUGCAUAAUUCUCCCCAUGACAAUGUUCAUCCCAGAAGCUGAGCUUCCUCCCUGGGUCGUCUGCUAUAUCCCAGCCACCAUGUCAUUUCUCAACAUCCUUCCGGCUCCCAAAUCCUUCCCUUUCAUAGUUCCUUACCUCCUCUUUGAAAACACAAUGUCUGUAACCAAAUUCAAUGCAAUGAUCUCCGGCCUCUUCCAGCUUGGGAGUGCCUAUGAAUGGGUUGUCACCAAAAAGUCUGGUCGCUCCUCUGAGGGUGAUCUUGUGUCAUUAGUUGAAAAAGACCCAAAGCACAUUCGCGGUGUAUCUGUGCCCAAUCUCGAUGAGAUGGAGAAGGAAGAAAUUCGACAGAAGCAACAACGAGUGUCUGAAAAGAAGAAGAAACACAACAGAAUAUAUACAAAGGAGCUAGCUCUUGCGUUUCUUCUCCUCACAGCCUCUGCAAGGAGUUUGUUGUCUGCACAGGGUAUACAUUUUUACUUUCUUCUUUUCCAGGGGAUAUCUUUCUUAAUGGUGGGUCUGGACCUGAUAGGAGAACAGGUUGAGUAAGACAGUAACAUAAGUAGGAGAACUGAAUUAGAUAGAACAAGAGAAGAAUACGCCAUGUGCAAAUGAUCCAAGUCUUCGAGAGAAAACAGGUGAAAAUGUGGAACGUGAGCAAGAUUGUGUUCUUGCAUUUCACUUUCCCAAGACCCAAGGUUUGAUAUCGAAACCCUUUCCAUCUCAAUGCAGACUAUUGAGAGACUAUAUAGAUGGUAGGAACAAGAGGAGUUCGUAUACUGGAGAACAAAGUGCUGUAGAUACUUGACUUGCUGGGUUUUCUUUCAUUUUUUUUUCUCCUUUUUUUCGUAUGGUUAAUUCUUUUGUUUUUUCUGUGACAAUUCUUUUGUAAGAAAUUUUGUUAUAAAAACAGGGAUUUUAGUUUAGUUUAAUUGCUCCAAGAACAGCAGAAAAUAUAAAGAGGAGAAGGAGGAGGACAUUGUGAAGGUCCACCCUUUCACUCUCAGUUGUGUUGAUUUAGUUUUUAACAGUGAACAUUCUAUUAAUAUAUCUGUAAAUGAACCUCUGAUUCGGUAAA